AAGAAGCAAAGUUGUAGUAACUGAACAAGAAACAAUGAGUGGCAUAGCGUUGACACCCACAGCUUUCAAUCCCAUAAUCCCAUCUUCAUCUUCUUCUUGUUCUUCAUCUCUCAAAUCUCACAAAUUCAUCAAAACAAGAACCAAACUCACACAAUUCAACAACAACGCUAUUUCAAUUUCCUCAGACCCAUUCCUUCUCAACCUCGCAGAAACAUUAGAAGAUUCCAUCCCUACACCACAACCUCUCCAGAAUCUUCGAGAAGCUUCCUCAGAAUCACUUCUCUCAACUCCAUGGCCUUCUCGAAGAGACGAACCCUUUCGUUUCACAGACCUUUCCUUCCUUCGCUCUUCCCAUAUCCUACCCGCCCCAAUCCCAACCACAACCACCACCACCGUUACGCCGCCAUUCUCCGAUGAUGAUGAUCAAUUCCCUUGCCACAUCAGCUUCAUCGACGGUCAUUUCAUAAACUCAAUGUCGAAAAAUUUGGAAUUUCCAGAUGGGGUUUACGUUGGUAGUUUAUUGAAUUUGAGUGGUAAAGUUGCUGAAAGGGUUUUAGAAUUGGUUUCUGGAUUGGACGGUGGUGAUUUGUUUUGGUCGAUUAAUGGUAUGGCUGCACCUGAUUUGAUGGUGGUUUAUGUGCCCGAGGGUGUUCGAGUUGAAAAUCCGGUUCAUUUGGGUUAUUUAUCCUUGCUGGGUAGUAAGGAUGGUUCCAAAGAUUUGUAUAUUUCGAAUCCGAGGGUUUUGGUUGUGGUGGAGAAAGGUGGAGAGGUUGAUAUAGUUGAAGAGUUUUCUAAUGAUGAAGAGAAUGAGAAUGAGUUUUAUUGGAGUAAUGCUGUUUUGGAGGUUGUGAUUGGGGAAGGUGGUAAGGUUAGGCAUUCUUAUAUUCAGACUCAGUCAUUGCUUGCUGCACAUAUCAAAUGGACUUCCGUUCGUCAGGAGUCAUCUAGUACAUAUGAGCUUACAGAGGUAAGCACAGGAGGCAAACUAGGAAGGCACAAUCUUCAUAUCAAACAACUAGGUCCAGACACGGUGACAGAGUUAUCUACUCUACACUUGUCUGUUGGUAAUCAAACACAGGAUCUUCACAGUAGUCUUGUAUUGGAUCAUCCAAGGGGUUUUUCCCGUCAGCUUCAUAAGUGCAUCGUAACUCAUUCACAGGGACAAGCAGUUUUUGAUGGAAACGUUAAGGUUAACAGGUAUGCUCAGCAGACAGAUGCAGGACAAUUAACAAGAAGCCUUCUUCUUGAACCUCGUGCAACUGUAAAUGUUAAACCAAAUCUCCAAAUCAUCGCUGAUGAUGUAAAGUGUUCCCAUGGAGCUGCAAUAAGUGACUUGGAACAGAGCCAACUCCUGUAUUUCCAAGCACGUGGCAUUGAUUCAGCAACAGCUAGAAGGGUUCUAAUUUUUGCCUUUGGAGGGGAAGUGAUAGAUAAGUUUCCUUAUUCUUCUGUUAGAGAUAGAGUACGAAGUCAGAUUAAAAGUUUAUUGGAUCCAUCUCCUAAAUUAGCACCAUUAUAGGUGAGUAAAAAAUCCACAGUUAAAAACAUUUACUUCGCCGCCCUAAGUUCACCCAUGGUUGUAUUGGCAUCACUAAUAAGCAGGGAGUUGGGGCAUGGUUGGUUUGCACUAUGCUUGCUAUUUUUGUGCUGUGUACCUCAAUGAACAGAAUGUGUACACGUUUUUGUAUGUAGUCCGCAUACCUCAAUGAACAGACUGUGUUCGACGAUGUAAGCUUAACAUUUCUAUUUUUUUAGUAUAGAAAAGUAGUGAGUAGUAAUUGGGCAUUUCACCGGAAA